UCUCAGCAACAGAUGUGGGAAGCGCCCUUGGGCUGUCUUCGUCUCUGAGAAGUCAAGUCUGGAGAAGGGGUUGAAGCCCCAGGCAGUGCUUGGGGAGACAACAAAUGGCAGGACCCGCAGUGGUGCCCUUUGGAGCAGUAUGGCUAGUGUGGGCGCUGCUAGGAGUGGCGGGAGCGUGCCCGGAGCCGUGCGCUUGCGUGGACAAAUACUCGCACCAGUUCGCUGACUGCGCCUACAAGGAGCUUCACGAGGUGCCUGAAGGAUUGCCGGCUAACGUGACCACGCUUAGUCUGUCGGCCAACAAGAUCUCCGUGCUUCGGCGCGGGGCCUUUGCCAACGUCACGCAGGUCACGUCGCUGUGGCUGGCGCACAAUGAGGUGCGCACCGUGGAACCCGGCGCGCUGGCCGUGCUGAGCCAGCUCAAGAACCUCGACCUGAGCCACAACCUUAUAUCCAGCUUCCCCUGGAACGACCUGCGUAACCUGAGCGCCCUGCAGCUGCUCAAAAUGAACCAUAACCGCUUGGGCUCGCUUCCUCCGGACGCACUCGGUGCGCUGCCCGACUUGCGCUCUCUGCGUAUCAACAACAACCGGCUGCGUACACUGGCUCCCGGCACCUUCGAUGCCUUAAGCGCACUGUCACAUCUGCAACUCUAUCACAACCCUUUCCAUUGCGGUUGCAGCCUUGUGUGGCUGCAGGCCUGGGCCGCGAGCACUCGAGUCUCGCUACCUGAGAUUGAUUCCAUUGCGUGCGCCACGCCAACAGCGCUGCAGGGCAUUCCUGUGCACCGACUGCCUGUCCUGCCCUGUGCAUCACCCAGUGUGCGUCUGAGUGCCGAGCAGCCUAUCGAGGUGUUCAGCAGCCCCCUGCGGGCCGGCAUGGCGCUCAUGCUGCACUGCAUCGCCGAAGGACACCCCACGCCCCGCCUGCAAUGGCAACUUCAGAUCCCGGGUGGCACCGUAGUCUUAGAGCCGCCGGUCUCGAGCUGGGAGGACUACGGCGGCGUCAGGGACGACGGGGUGGAGGGAGGAGAUGGGGAGGGGGCAACGCAAACAGAGGCUCCAACUCUGUCUCCGGCACCCGCUUGGCCCGCGCCUCCAGCAACCCCACGCUUCCUGGCACUCACAAACGGCUCCCUGUUGGUGCCCCUCCUGAGUGCCAAGGAGGCAGGCAUCUACACGUGCCGUGCCCACAACGAGCUGGGCGCCAACUCCACGUCGGUACGCGUGGUGGUGUCGGCAGCUGGGCCCCCAAAGCACGCUCCUAGCGCCGGUGGGGACCCGGAUAUGCAGGCCCCAACCUCUGAGCGCAAGACCACAGCUAAAGGCCGGGGCAACAGCGUCCUACCCUCCAAGCCCGAGGGCAAAAUCAAAGGCCAAGGCCCAGGUGGGGAUGGCAUCCUCAGGGAGACUGAGGCGGGGCUGGAGGCGGAGGCUAGGGAGGGAGAGGAGGUGGAAGACCAGGUCUCUGCAGACCCGGUGGUAGAGCAGCGCUGCGGCCACGGGGACCCCUCCCGGUACGUGUCCAACCACGCUUUCAACCAGAGCGCCGACCUGAAGCCGCACGUCUUUGAGCUGGGUGUCAUCGCGCUGGACGUGGCCGAGCGCGAGGCCCGGGUGCAGCUGACGCCGCUGACGGCGCGCUGGGGCCCUGUGCCCGGCGGGGCUGCGGGAGGGGGGCGGCUUGGGCAGCGACCCCUGCGCCGGCUCUAUCUGUGCCCGGCGGGGGGCGGCGCGGCAGUUCAGUGGUCUCACGUGGAGGAGGGGGUCAACGCCUACUGGUUCCGCGGCCUGCGGCCUGGCACCAACUACUCGGUGUGCCUGGCGCAGGCAGGCGAGGCCUGCCACGUGCAAGUGGUGUUCGCUACCAAAAAGGAGUUGCCCUCGCUACUGGUGAUCGUGGUGGUGAGUGUGUUCCUUCUGGUGCUGGCCACUGUGCCCUUGCUGGGCGCCGCCUGCUGCCAUCUGCUGGCCAAACACCCGGGGAAGCCCUAUCGUCUGAUCCUGCGGUCCCAGGUCCCCGACCCCAUGGAGAAGCGCAUCGCCGCCGACUUUGACCCACGCGCCUCCUAUCUUGAGUCCGAGAAAAGCUACCCACCAGGCGGCGAAGCGGGCUGCGAGGAGCCGGAGGAGGGCCCCAGGGAGGGCCUUGACGAAGAGGCGGAGGAGGGGGACGCGAGUGGGGACCUGCAGAGGGAGGAGAGCCUGGCUGCCUGCUCGCUGGUGGAGUCCCAAUCCAAGGCCAACCAAGAGGAGUUCGAGGUGGGCUCCGAGUACAGUGACCGGCUGCCCCUGGGUGCCGAGGCGGUCAACAUUGCCCAGGAGAUUAACGGCAACUACAGGCAGACGGCGGGCUGAACUCCUGCUCGCCCUGCCUUCCCAGUCUCACCCUCCCCCCUCUCCUUGGGUGCCUGGGGCUGGCAGGAUUUAUCUCCUCCCCUCCCGUCCCCCUCCCCCCCCCACAUUUAUUCUGCCCUUUCACCACCACCACCCCAAUCUUAAUUCUGGCGACUUCUAGUGGGUAGUGGAACCAUUUCCCUAGUACCCACCACACCCACGAUCGUCAUUGACCUCGGGCUGAAUUCCCUCUGGCAAGCACAGUUCUCUGCUCUCCUCUUAUAAGGCACCAUCGCUGACCUGGAGGCGAAAUCCAGGCCUCUCCACUCCUGCGCAACUAUCUUGGAAAUCUGCCCCGCAGCCCACCCACUGUGAGCGGUGCAGCCAGAGUAAAUGGUAGAAAGCGUUAACGCUGUAGCGCGGGCUUUGGGCUGGUACUUCCCACAGACGUCCCUGGUGUGGAGCGCCGAGGUCCCGCCUCAACCCUACCCUGCCCUUUCGGGGAUGCACACCCUAGAAGCCAGGGUUCGGUGACAACGCCCCGUUUUUAGUUUCAAAACCCCCUAGCGACUGGGAACCAAACCCGUCUGCUCCCCCUCCCCCCGCUUCGUGUUCGGAUUUUCAUACUCUCAUUGUUUUCAAAGACAGCGAUGCUCGGUCUGGUGCUAACACUUUUCCCAGCCUCUCUGGGAAAAGUGUGUGUGUGUGUGUUGUGUGUUGUGUGUAUGUC